AUGGAAAUACACAAUGAUAUGGGUUACAGGGUGUAUGUAGAGUUGAAAAAAGAGAACAUAGAAUUCGGGAUGUAUCCUUUGUGCAUAACAACUAUUGAAAAAGAACUUGUAUCCGGAGGUAGUUUAAUUCAAGGCGACAUUGUGCAAAUAGACGAAUCAGUUCAAAGGUAUGAUUCCGAUACAGAUAAUACACUUGCACUAGAUUUUGUCAACUCAAGACAAGCAAUUGGGGUAUUCGAACUGGACAAGGAUUUGAUAAUUUCAAAAACUAAUCAAAGGGAGGUUAUGACUGGACAAGUAUAUAAGGAUAAGGCAACAUUGAAAAAGGUGGUGGAGCAUUAUGAUAUAUCUCAAAGGUUUCAAUUCCGGGUUGAUAAGUCUAAUUAUGUCAGCUAUGCAUUAUUAUGUAUGUCAAAAGAUUGUGAAUGGAGGUUUAAGGCUUCGAGCAUUAACAAAUCAGAACUAUUCAAAGUGAGAGAGUUCAUUGAUAAGCAUACAUGUCCGUUGAAGGACAAGGUGUAUGAGCAGCGACAGGCAAGUAGCAGCCUUAUAGGUGGUAUAAUUAGGCCCAAGCUUACUAAUCAUAAGAAGAAAUACACCACAAAGGAUAUAAUUGAUGAUGUGAAAUCAGAUUUAGGUGUAGAUGUUAGCUAUAUGUUGACGUGGCGGGCUAAAGAAAAGGGGUUUGAUCAUUGUAGACCCAUUGUGGUUGUGGAUGGAAGUCACCUAAAAUCUUACUACGCCAGGACAUUCGUCUCGACCAGCACGUUGGAUGGUGCAGGUCAUAUAUUGGCACUAGCAUAUGGUGUUAUUGAUUCAGAGAAUGAUGCUGCUUGGACGUGGUUCUUUGAGCAAUUCAAGAUAGCAUACAGUGACAGGGAAAACAUGUGCAUCGUUUCAGAUAGAAAUGAGAGUAUCAUUAAAUCUAUAUCGAGAGUGUAUCCAGAUGUACCGCAUUUUACCUGUAUAUGGAAUAUAUGGAACAACGUAUAUAAGAAAUUCAAAAAGAGCCAUGCAAAGUUGAGCGAGAUAUACUUCUCGAUGGCAAAAGCAUACACACAACCUGAAUUUGACAGUCUGGUGGAGAAGGUGGAGAAGGUAGAUAUUAGGGUGAAAGAAUACUUGGAGUUAGCUGGAUACGAAAAGUGGGCUAGAUUGUAUGCACCUGUUAACAGGGGAUGGACCAUGACCUCAAAUAUUGCUGAGUUAAUCAAUGCCGCACUAGUGUCAGCGAGGGAAUUGCCAAUAUACGACUUUCUCGAAGAAGUUAGGAAGAUGUUUGGACGUUGGAAUUGCAGUAACCGCAAAGAAGCUACAUAG